AUGGACACAAUUUCUUCGUUUCUAAUCCAGUCAUGGACAUUCUACGCAUUAGCUGUCGCAGUCAUAUUCGCAAGACUGACGUUUCGACGUAUUAUGCUCAAGUCUUUUGCAGACUUGCAGGCGGAUGACUGGAUCAUGGUCUUCCUUCUGCUGCCAUUGACGGCAUCUACCAUUCUCGCAGUUCCGGCCGCCAACUUUGGAACAGAAAAACAGCGUAGAUAUCGAUAUGUACUCGAAGAGCUCCAGAUCGUCAUAGCGUGGCUUGUGAAAGUAUGUCUCUUAAUAUUGUACUGGCGGAUCUUCCCAGUUGCAUCCAGUAUCCUUCGAAGACGCUACAUACAAGUCGUUUCAGCAAUCUGCGCGCUCUCUUUCAUCAUCACCCAAAUUUCACUCUUAUCUUGGUGCCAGCCGACACAUCUGGACGACUCGCAAUGCUCGACCUACCAUAGCCACACAAUCGUGUCUCUAACGUUCAGCACCCUAACAACUGUCAUCGUGCUCAUCCUCCCAAUAUCGUUCAUCCCAACACCACGACGUUUGCUGCUUGCCAUCCUUUUGGUCACCGGCGUUUUGACGCUCAUCUUCGGCAUUCUCGCACGAUACUUCGUACUCACGGAGCCAACUUCACGUGCAUAUCUCUUCUAUUACACCUACGAGACCACUCUCCUCAUCGUUUUCGCCAAUCUGCCGUUCUUAACAUCCCUUGUUGUCUCGACGACGCCAGCUCGCAUCCGCAAAUUCAGUCGCAACAUCUCCUUCUCUCGUGAUGGGGUCCAUAUGCCACUAUCGCCGUGGCCAAGGAGUCGGCGAGUGAGUGUGCAAGACAUUGGGUCUCCGCCACUGAGAGCGAGUCGACUGGGAAGCACGGCUACAGUUACGAGUGGAGGGACGGAAAGAAAAGACUGGUCAGUCUCUGUGCCUAUAACACGGCCAGGGAGCGUCGGGUCUGGUACUGAACUCUUGCGACGGCCGGACAGUGGACGGGGCUGGCCUCUACCUUGA